CACAGUAGAGUACAGUUUGUUACAAAACAUAAUCAUAAAGUCAUAUCCUCCUCUAUUUUAUUUAAACUGCUAUCAUUCUAACCAUAAAUCUAUGCAACACCACCCCUCACCUCACUCUCUCAACACCACCACUCAAUGGAGCCACCGUCACCGGAAUCACACCUCCAAAAUCUCCGACCCAUCAAAGUUCUAGGCACCGGAGCAAUGGGUACCGUCUUUCUCGUCUACAAUCACCUCACUGAUCCAUCCGCACACCACAAAUUCGCUCUCAAAGUCGUCGAAAAGUGCUCGCUUCUUGCCGACCCGAACUCCAACCGCCGUGCCCGGUGGGAAGUUUCGGUUCUGGACAGGUUGAACCGGCAACCCCACCGGUUUCUUCCGUCGUUGAUUGGAUCGGUUGAGACGGAAGAAGUUUUCGCGUGGAGUUUCCCGUUUUGUCCCGGAGGGGAUUUGAACAUGUUACGCCAUCGGCAAAACGAUGGCGUAUUUUCCGCCGCGGUUAUUCAGUUUUACGCGGCGGAAAUUGUGUGCGCCCUGGCACACCUUCAUUCCAUGGGGAUUGUGUACCGGGAUUUGAAACCUGAAAAUAUAUUGAUUCAGGGGUCAGGUCACGUGACACUUACAGACUUUGAUUUGUCACGUGACCUGACUCCAAAAACAAUGAAGUCACUCCUUAUGUUAUCAGAGCAGGAUAUUAAUAAUAAUAAACAUCACCGGAAAAUCACACGUGUCAUAAAAAUAAAUAGCUCACGUGUGUCUCCGGUGACACGUAAAACUACGAGUUUUUCCUCUGGCGAACGGUCGAAUUCGUUCGUCGGAACAGAAGAAUACGUGGCACCGGAGAUGGUGCGUGGCGAGGGUCACGACUUCGCCGUUGACUGGUGGGCAUUGGGGAUACUAUGCUACGAAAUGUUGUACGGUACAACUCCAUUUCGCGGGAAAAACCGAAAAGAUACAUUUGGUAGAAUACUAACAAUGCCGUUAAAGUUCACGGGAAAACCAACGCCGUUAACGGAUUUAAUCACGAAGUUACUCGAGAGAGACCCCACGCGCCGGCUAGGGUAUGCUAGAGGCGCGUGUGAGAUCCAAGAGCAUCCGUUUUUUAACGGAUUGCAAUGGGAUCUAUUAACCGAAGUUGAACGGCCUCCGUUUAUUCCGUCAAAGGAUGACGUUGAGUCAACGUCUAAUUUAGACGGUUUGACUGUAACGGAGUAUUUUCGGAAGCUAAGGCAACCGCCGUCACUGUUAGAAUCUCCGUCAAGAGAUGACUGUGGAUAUAACGUCUCGUUUACGGAGUUUUAACUUUUUUAUUUUUUAAGUUUAACAUGGGUGUUUUGGUUGUGUUGUAUACAAGAGAAAUAACGGUAGGACGUUAGUGACGGCGUUAGUUAAGUGGUUGGGGGCGUAUUUAGGGAUGGUAUAUUUUGUUAGGUGUUGUUGUUAAUUACAAAUUCUAAUAAUUGAAAAUAAAUAAAAAGUUUUGUACCACCUUUAUUAGUGAUAAUUGCAAGAUUGUAAUA